GUGAGAUGUUAUCCAGAGAACAUGCAUUUGAUGCUAGUUUUUAUAGUGGCACUUCUUGUCAAGGUGGAAAUAGGAAACAGCCGAAGUAUACUGGACUGCCAGAACAAAGGAUUUGUUUGCUACGACGAAACGAGGUUUUAUCAAUGCGUGGAAUCUGGAAAUACCACCAUCGUCAUAGGCGAACCACAAAGCUGCCCAGAAGGCCUAUUUUGUAAUGACGUGUCUGACCUCGAAUGCGACGAACCGUGGUGGGAGGACACUACUACCAGUACGAGAAGCAGUACAUCCUCCAAAACCCACAGCGCAUCUACUGGUUCGGCACCCAGAACCUCUACAAUUACAGAUACUUCAAAAGACAGUGUACCUGAAACUCAUACACAACCCGCCAUUACCACAAAGGUCUAUCCGUCGACCAGCACAUCAGCUGCAACAACCACUGAGGCGACUGAAAGAACAACCACUCCAUCUAAGGUAAUCACCGAGCAUUUUUCUACACAAAGCGGAUCGACUACGUCCGCAACGUCCUCCUUUGCCGCAUCAUCCACUGAGGUGACUGAAGAUAUAUACACUCCUUCUAAGGCAGACAAUAAGAAAUCUUCCACUUCAAGCGCGUCGACUCCAUCUGUACCAUCCCCCACUGCCGCAUCAACCACUGAGGCAGCUGAACAAACGACGACUCCGUCUGAAGCAAGCACCGAGGAAUAUUCCACUACAAACAGGUCGAUUCCGGCUCUAGCAUCCUCUACUGCUGCGUCAACCACUGAAGCAAAUGCUGAAUCAACAACCCCGUCUGAUGAAAGUACCGAGGAGCCUUCUGCUCCAAGCAGAUCGACACCAUCUGCAAUCCCAUCUACUGAAGCACCAACCAGUGAGGCAACUGAAGAAACUACCACAUCGCCUGAGGCAGACACCGAAGAACCGACCAUUCCAAGCGGCUCGACCCCGUCUGUAGCACCCUCUACUGUUGCACCAACCAGUCAGGCAACUGAAGGAACGACCACUUCAUCGGAGGCAAAAUCCCAUGAGCCUUCCACUCCGACCAAAUCGGCUCCAUAUACAGCAACCUCUACCGCUCCAUCAACCACUGAGACAACUGAACUAACGACCACCCCAUCUGAGGCUUACACAAGGGAAUCUUCCCGUCCAGGCGGAU